UGAAAUGUUUACUUAAUUGAAUUGAAACGAAUGUCUUCACUGUUUUUGUACCAAACCUUUUUACUUGGAAUUUGGACUUGCUUGUUCUUAUAAUACACAUCCCUUCGUUUCUUCACUUUGCACUUGUUUCUUUUUCUGGACAAACAAAAAAAAAAUGGGAAGCCUUUGCCUGGUUUUGGUGUUCUUGCAACUUUCAUGGACUUUGUCUUUCUCUGUUCCUCCACCCUCUCAUUUAUGUCUCCCACGCCAGAGAGAUGCUUUGCUUCAUUUUAAAACCACAAUUUCUGUUGAUUGUGAAUUUUCUUAUUAUGGAGAUACUUACCCCAAGAUGCACAUGGAGUCAUGGAACAAAAGCAUUGAUUGUUGUUCAUGGGAGGGAGUGAAAUGCGACCACGUGACUGGUCAUGUAAUCGGCAUCCAUCUUAGUCAGAGUUGCCUUGGUGGUUCUCUCUUUGCAAACAACAGCCUCUUUCAACUUCACAACCUCCAAUGGCUUGACUUGAGCUACAACAACCUCGAAGGCUUUCUUCUUGAGAACGGUAGCAACUUGUUUCACUUUCAUGGACUACGACGACUCAACCUUGCUGGUAAUCGUUUCAAUGGCACCAUCUCAUCAAAGUUAUUUAGCCAGUUGGUGAGUUUAACCCAUCUUAAUCUCGCUGGUAAUGACUUCUCUGGCUUAAUCUCGCAUCAAAUCAAUGUCUUGUCAAGUUUGGUUUCACUUGAUCUUACCAGCUCUUUUUCUGACUUGAGAUUUGAUGGCCAAGGUUUUGACAUGCUUGCAAGAAACUUGACCAAAUUAAGAAACCUUGUGCUUGACUAUGUAGAUAUGUCUGAUGUUGCACUUACUUCCUUUCUAAACUUGUCUUCAUCACUUGAACAUUUGAGUCUCUCAUAUUCUCAAUUACAUGGGGAAUUCCCAACUCAAGUUUCUCAGCUUCCAAACCUCAAACUCAUAGAUUUAAGUAGGAGUGAAAAUCUCAGAGGUUAUCUCCCUAACACAAACUGGAGUCAUGCCCUUGAGUUGUUGGACCUUUCCCAUUGUGGUUUUAGGGGGUCAAUUCCAGCAUCAUUUGGAAAUCUCACUCAAAUCAUUUCCGUUGAUUUAGAAAUAAACUCGCUUGAAGGAAAGAUUCCAGAUGUUUUUGGAAACCUUAUAAAAUUAACUUCCUUGAGAUUAUCUUCAUGCAAUUUGAGUGGUCCACUUCCAAUAACUAUCUUGAACCUCACAAAAAUUAUCCAUUUGGAUUUGUCAAAUAAUCACUUGGAAGGUCCUUUGCCAAAUCAUGUUAAUAAGCUUCAAUUUCUAGAGGAACUUCGGUUACAUAAUAAUUCUAUAAGUGGUGGAGUACCAUCUUGGUUGUUUACUCUGCCAUCUCUUCCAAUCUUGGACCUCGGUUAUAACAAACUAGUUGGUCCGAUUGAUCGAAUUCAGAAGCCUAGUUCCAUCAAAGAGGUUCAUUUGAGUAAUAAUAAUAUUGGUGGUUCAAUACCGUAUUCCAUUUUUUAUCUUGUGAACCUUACUUUACUUGAUUUGUCAUCAAACAACUUGAGUGAUCCAAUACCCGAUUCCAUUUUUGAUCUUGUGAACAUUAAUUAUCUUGAUUUGUCAUCAAACAACUUGAGUGGUGUCAUCAAGUCAGAUAUGCUUUCAAAACUCACGAGUCUUGAAUUUCUUGUUGUUUCAAGUAAUAGUUUAUUAUCAUUAAGCACAAGCGGAAAUGAUGUGAACUAUUCUUUUCCCCAACUUGGAAUUGUGAACUUCUCUGGUUGUAGCGUAAGGCAGUUCCCGAAUUUCUUUCAAACAUCGAACUUGGAGGAAUUAGAUCUUUCCAAUAACAUGAUUUCUGGUGGAAUUUCCAAAUGGGAAGCUGAAGGGUGGGAAGGAUUGCAGUACUUGGACCUUUCUCAUAACUUUUUGACUGCUUUGGAACAAUUUCCGGGAAACAAUUUGGAAUAUCUCAACCUUCAUUCCAACUUGCUUCAGGGACCAAUUCUCUCAACUUGCUUGAGUCCUCAAAUUCCAAUUUUAAAGGAGUUGUUUGGGAUCAUCAUUUCAAAGAAUAAAUUGACAGGAAACAUCCCUUUUUCUAUUUGCAAAUUGAGUUCACUUAGCGUUCUGGACUUGUCUGAAAACAGCUUGAGUGGAACUAUUCCUAAUUGUCUUGGAAAUUUGAGCUCUUUGAAGUUGAUGGAUUUGCAGGUGAACAACUUUUAUGGGAAGAUCCCUAAUUCUUUUGUGAAUAAUCGGAAGUUGAGCCAUCUUUUACUCAAUGACAAUCAAUUGGAAGGAUUAGUACCACCAUCAUUGGCUAAUUGUACUUCGUUGGAACUUUUAAAUUUAGGGAACAACAAGUUAAGGGAUAAAUUUCCCCAUUGGUUAGCUUCACUUUCAAGAUUGCAAGUUCUCAUCCUAAGAUUUAAUAGAUUUUAUGGAUUCUUGCCUCAUUCCAUAGCUUCAUAUGACUUCUUUGCAUUGCAAAUAUUUGAUCUCUCUGAAAAUGAGUUCAUGGGUACAUUGUCCACGAAACUCUUUCGAAAUUUGAGAGCAAUGAAAGAUAAACAUAAACAACAGUUAUACUCCUCAAAUUUCCAAUAUGACGGCGAGUUUUAUGAAAUUCCUGUGAAUUUAACAACGAAAAGAUUGGAGCUUGAAUUUACGAAAGUCGUGGCCAAUUUCGUAUCUAUGGACUUGUCGAACAACCAAUUCUGUGGAAAAAUUCCUGAGGACGUCGGGCAACUUAUUUCCCUGCAAAUGCUCAACUUCUCUCACAACAACUUCAUUGGUCCUAUCCCAACAUCGUUUGGAAAUUUGGUAGCACUUGAAUCAUUGGAUCUUUCAUCAAACAAGCUCAAUGGCAGGAUUCCUUCUCAAAUGAUGAAGCUAACAUUUCUUGAAGUAUUGAAUAUUUCAAACAAUAAUCUUGUUGGACCAAUUCCUCAUGGGAAUCAAUUCGAUACCUUUGAUAAUGAUUCCUACAACGGUAACUUGGGAUUGUGUGGCUUACCAUUGUCCAAGCAAUGUAUCAACCAUGUGGGGGCCGAACCGCCUUCACCAUUGGUAGUGGAACAUGAAGGUUCUGAAAUACCCUUCUUUUGGCAAGUUGUAAUGAUGGGGUAUGGAAGUGGAGUGGUGCUAGGAUUGAGCCUGGGUUACAUUGUAUUCACAACCGGAAGGCCAUGGUGGUUUAUUGGAAAAGUGGAAAGAGACUGGCAAUACAAUUUCUCGAGGUGGGUACGAAGAAACAGAGUAAGAAGAAACUAGCUUUCCAUCCUACAUCUUGCUUAGUGGCAUUGAAACUUGGGAUUGAAUUUGAUGGGAAGAUUCAACAUACUCAGUUUCCAUGAGAGCGGUUAUAUUCUAAGCCGGGGUGUUGUUAAUUUAGCAGAUGAUAUAAGUGUUUUUGUGUUCAUCAUAAUUUCUAAAUUUAUAUUUGAGGUGUUAUAUAAUUAUGUUUAAAUACUGCAAACUUAAAAUUGUUAAGCAAAUAUUACUGUAACUGUCAAAUUUUUGUUGUAUGAGUUUAUGAAACAAUUGAAGUGUUAUUCUUUUCUA